AUGGAGCCGCAAACUGAGCCAAACGGGACUGCAAAGCCCGGGGAGGAUGACUCAAAGAAGGCCAGACGGACGCGAUGGGGCGCGAUUGCGAGCGAUCAACCGCCUUCUUCCUCGCCUGCAGCCCCGGUUGCCGCAGCCGGUGCGUUUCCUUCCUCGUUGUCGGUUUCGCUGCAGGCGGCUGCAAGCGCCGCACGCCAGGCGCUGGAGAAGGCGAAGCGCGCCGCGAUGAUUCAGAAACAAAUUCAGGAGCAACUCAAGGCCUGCCAAGGUCUGGAGGCGAGUCAGCGCCCGCGAGGUCCAGCGGCGGCUGCAGCGGAACUCACCGGCGAGAAGGCCGCGAGCGUCUCCGCAGCCUCCUCGGCGAUCGCCGUCGCGCAGGCGACCGCCCUCGCUGCGGCCGCGAAGGCCAAGCGCGACCAACUUCUCGACGCGCCGACGCUGCGAGCCUCCUGGCCCGCGUCGGGCGCAGGAGACACAGUGGGGACGGGGCGAGAAGAGCCAACUGCGGGCGGGACGCAGCCGUUGACUCUGAGGGCGCUUCUCGGUGCGGCCGAGAGUGGACAGGAAGUGAGCAGACCCAGUCCCGCGGGGGAUGCGAUGCCGGCGGAUCCGAGGCAACGGCAACUCUUCCUCUUGCUUCACGACCAGCAACUGAAGAAGCAAGAAGCCGAGGAGGCGGAGCGCCUCAAGCAGGAGAAACUGGCCGCAGUCCUGAAGGCGAGACCGCGGCCUCUCCGCUUCGACAAAUUCGGCAGAGAAGUCGACGAAGAAGGAAAAGUCGUCCCCCUCCAAAAACGCACCAUCGUCAGCGACCUCAAGAUCAACCGCCGAGCUCAAAACGAAGGAAAGAUUGAGGAGACCGCGAAGGCCUUGGGCGCUGCGGGGGCACGCGAAGCCGUCGUCGAGGACAUCUCCGAGCAGCCUUGGUUCGACCCUUCGAUUCCAGUCAAGACUGCUCGUAACAAAAGAAAGCGGAAAGCGUUCGAGUUCGUGGAAGCCGGGCGGUACAUCCAGCAGGAGCAGCAGAUGCUGCAUCACCAGCACAUGAUGGAGAAGAAGGCCGAACGCGAGCGCGAGCGGGGCGAAGACCAGCGCGCCCGCGGAAGGCCGGGUGUCCCUGUGGAGGGUGCAAAGGCCGACGGACCCGCGAAGGAGGAAGACAAGUCGCCUGUGGCCAGCGAGGAAGAAACGACCCCUGACUUCUUGGCCAAAGCAUGGGAUGCCCUAGACAACCUCGUGGAGCAUCCCGUUCCCGUGAAGCCUGCAAUCGACGCGGCGGCAAACGUCAUCAUCAACAUGUACCUUACGAAACAGGAACGGAAGAAACUCCGACGGCGGAAGCGACAGGAGAAGGAAAGAGAGAAGCAAGACAAAAUUCGAAUGGGUCUGAUGCCGCCGCCGCCUCCGAAAGUGAAACUCACCAACUUGAUGCGGGUGCUUGGAGACCAGGCUGUCGCAGAUCCUUCGAAAGUGGAAAAGGAAGUUCGAGAACAAAUGGAGAAGCGUCUGAAAGACCAUGAAGCACGAAACGAGGCCCGCAAGCUCGCCCCCGAAGUCCGCAGCAAAAAGCAUGCGGCCAAGUGGCAGGUGGAUAUCAAUGCGCAGCAGCUCCACCUCGCUGGCGUGGCCGUCAUUUGCCCGAGUUCUUUGAAGACGAUUGUUCUCGUGGAGGGAUCUCUCGUCUCCAUCAAAAGAUUCCGCAGCCUCAUGCUCCGGCGCAUCAAGUGGCGCGAACUCGAAGGCAGCUCGGCCGUGGACGACGACGAAGAUGAGGAAGACGCGAAGCCGGACGUCGACGACGAGAGCUGCUGUCUCGUUUGGCAGGGUACCGUCCGAACAAACAGCUUCUCCGGUUGGAAAAUCCACCGCGUGGCCGGCGAGGCGGACGGAAAGAAAAUCUUCAAGCUCGCACACGUGGAGCAUUAUUGGGACAUGGCACAGAAGUUCCGUCCCGUCAGCAACGACCUCUAG